GUCCGCCCAUUCCGGAGCUGAGGCAGGAAGAGGGUGGUGCCCCGCGCAGGGUCCCGGAAAGUCACCACGAACUCUAACUUCCCUAAGCAAGAUGGACCAGGAAAUGGAGCCCUCGGGCUGCAGCGGAAGAUAUUCGCUGGAGCUGCUCUGCCCAAAGGGCUGCAGAUGGACCGAGGACUACAGAGAGCCGAUGCGAAAGCUACAUAAACGAACAUUCAAGUUCCACUUCGAAAACCUACCCAAUCCUGAUGGUUGGCAUAAGACCUUCCUGUGCUAUACAAUAGAAAGCAAGCAGAAAAACAGAUUUCUUCGCAAUGGGGUCUUUCAAAAUCAGGACCACCCCUACACACGAUUGCAUGCAGAGCUUCGCUUCCUCUCCUGGUUCCAUGACAACUGGCUGUGCCCUGGUAAUUCCUACAGGGUCACCUUUUAUAUGUCCUGGAGCCCCUGCUCAGAGUGUGCCGAAGAGUUGACAACAUUCCUGGCUGGUCACCGCAAUGUGACACUGACCAUCUUUUUCUCCAAGCUCUACUACUGCGACCCGGACUCCUCAAAUAGGGAGGGGCUUAAAACACUGGCUGCGGGAGGUGCCAGGUUGUUUGUCAUGUUUGAUACAGACUUUUCAUACUGUUGGACAAACUUUGUGAACUGUGGCUACAACUAUUUCGAACCUUGGCCCCUACUGGAUGACAAUUCCAAGUACUGCAACAGGAUCCUGCAGAAAAUUCUCCAAGAGCCGAUGCGAAAGCUACAUAAAGAAACAUUCUACUUCCACUUCAACAACCUCUGCUUUGCUAAAGGACGGAAUAAGACCUUCCUGUGCUAUACAAUAGAAAGCAAGAAGAAAAAUAGAUUUCUUCGCAAUGGGGUCUUUCAAAAUCAGGACCACCCCUACACACGAUUGCAUGCAGAGCUUCGCUUCCUCUCCUGGUUCCAUGACAACUGGCUGUGCCCUGGUAAUUCCUACCAGGUCACCUUGUAUAUGUCCUGGAGCCCCUGCUCAGAGUGUGCCGAAGAGUUGACAACAUUCCUGGCUGGUCACCGCAAUGUGACACUGACCAUCUUUUUCUCCAAGCUCUACUGCUGCGACCCGGACUCCCCACAUAGGGAGGGGCUUAAAACACUGGCUGCGGGAGGUGCCAGGUUGUUUGUCAUGUUUGAUACAGACUUUUCAUACUGUUGGACAAACUUUGUGAACUGUGGCUACAACUAUUUCGAACCUUGGCCCCUACUGGAUGACAAUUCCAAGUACUACAAGAGCAUCCUGCAGAAAAUUCUCCAGUAAUUCACAGGCUCCAGGCCUGCUUGGUGUAUGUUGCGACUUGCCGUCCCAUGAAGCUAUGAAACCUUCAAAACAGCUUCCCCAUAUGGACACCAGUCACCUGGCGUUAAAACAGUGAAGUUUUUGAGAAGACAAAAGAGUGAACACAAAGAGCGUAAGCAGAUAUUAAAGGCCACCACUUCACCUAUGUGUCUGUACCGAGAGCAACAUUCUUUUUUCUUUUUUGGUACCGGAGAUCAAACCUUGCUCUUGCAAAGCAGGCUUGGAACCGCUGAGCUGAAUCCCAGGCCCCCAGCAGCAUCAUUCUUACUGCUUCACUGCACUGUCAAGGCAAAGAAGACCUUUACUGUUAGGGAAGAGUUGAUCUCACCUGCUGCUAAGGAAGUCGUGGUGAUGUCUUAGGAGAAGCUACAGUUCAAAAGUGAUCCAUGUGCCUCUUUUGAUUGGCUCCACAAACGAACAAGUUCACAAAGGACCAGAGGGACCCUGAGGCACAAUUGUUAUCAUCAAAAUCCGGGUGGAUGAGCCUAGUGAUGUUAAUAAUGAGUCAACAGUGCUUAUUUUUGUGUGAUAUAUUUUUUGGGAGGACGUGCACUUCCAUUUCCAACAGCACAUCUGCAGAACUAGUUAAGCCUGUCAAUGAUGACACAUUAGGAGCAUUGCACUGAUCAUUUUGGGCCGGCAUAUGCACCUGUGAACAGGCUGGCACAACUGCAUGGCUUCCUGGUUUCACCACUUGGGUCAAAAAGUGGCUUCUGAGACAUUCUGUUGGGCAGAAUGGGUCAGACACCUGGGCUUGAAUGUCGCAUGGUUUCUCUUGUAUGAGACACUCAAAUGAUAUAUACACACAGAAAUAGAGAGCAAGGUAGAGUAUGGAGAAGAAAGAAUAAUUUCAAAUAAUUCCCCAAGUUCUUCUCUAUUGCACUGUUUCAAAAUCAUUUAAAGAUAUAUACUGAUUUGUUUCAUGUAUACUACUAGUUCCUUAGUUGAUCAAAAAGAUAGUUUUGUGCUAUUAUCUGUUAGUUCCUUUUUGGUCUAGGAUUUGUACGCUGAGUUAACACUGUUGCCAUUUUUUAGGAUUAUGCUGCACAGU